AAUGAGAGAAAAUUUAUUGUCCUGGUAGUGCAACAAUGCUCGUGACAACGUGAUGAGUUUUUUUCCACACAAAAUCUAAAAGGAUUUAGGAAUCUUCAAAUUCGUCAGCCCAAACGUCACCUUUUUACAGUGCCUCUCAUCACUUAUAAGAACACUUUGAAUACUCCAAAUCUAAAGAAAGACCAGCUCAACUACCUACGCGCCGCCAUCACCACCAUGUCACAGCCUCAUUUCCUCCUAGUGACCUUCCCUGCACAAGGCCACAUAAACCCAACCUUACAAUUUGCCAAGCAUCUUAUACGUAUUGGAGUACGUGUAACUUUCAUCACCUGCAUCUCCGCUCGCCGCCGCAUGACCAAAGUCCCCACUGCUCAAGGCCUAACGUUUUUAUCCUUUUCCGAUGGCUACGACGACGGUUUUCAACCCGGAGUUCACAUAGACCAUUACCUAUCUGAAUUGAGGCGACGAGGCAAAGAAGCCAUCUCCGAGUUUAUAACAAGCAGUGAAAACGAAGGCAAACCCGUCACUUGCUUUGUCUACACCCUGUUCGUCCAUUGGGCCACGGAGGUGACGCGUAAACAUCACAUCCCGACAGCUUUACUUUGGAUUCAACCCGCUACCGUUUUUGACAUCUAUUAUUUUUACUUCAACGGAUACGAAUCCACCAUUAAAGCUCAAGCUGAUGAAACAAACCCCAAGCGUUCAAUAAAAUUACCAGGUCUGCCGCUACUCGCCACCCGCGACCUUCCGUCGUUCGUCACCGCUUCAAACGUUUACCGUUGGGCACUGUCGUUGUUCCAAGAGCAAAUGGACGUCCUCGCCGAUGAAUCCAACCCUAAAAUCCUUGUUAACACCUUCGAUGCUUUGGAGCACGAAGCAUUAAACGCCAUUGAAAAUUUCAACAUGCUCGGCAUCGGACCUUUAAUCCCAUCUUCUUUCUUGAACUCAAACGACUCCUUGGAUAAUUCCUUGAGAACCGAUCUUUUUGAAUCCGAUUCAAAAGAUUACCUCCAAUGGUUAGACUCCAAACCAAAAUCGGCAGUCGUUUACGUUUCCUUCGGGAGCGUUGCAGUGUUAACGAAGCAACAAGUGGAGGAAAUCGCUCGAGCUUUAAUAUCCAGACGGCGACCGUUUUUAUGGGUGGUGAGGAACCGGAAAGAUGGAGGCUACGAAGAGAUAGAAGAAGAUAAACUGAGUUGCAGGGAAGAAUUGGAACAGUUUGGGAUGGUGGUUCCGUGGUGUUCGCAAGUGGAAGUAUUGUCUCAUCCGUCGUUGGGUUGCUUCGUGACGCAUUGUGGGUGGAACUCGACGUUGGAGAGCAUGGUGGCCGGUGUACCGCUGGUGGCUUUCCCUCAAUGGACGGAUCAAGGGACUACUGCGAAGCUGAUUGAAGAUGUGUGGGGGAAUGGGGUGAGAGUGAGUGCUAAUGAAGAAGGGAUCGUGGAACGUGAUGAGAUCGUUAGGUGCUUGGAUUUGGUGAUGGGGGAUGAUGAGAAAGGGAUGGAAGUGAAGAAAAAUGUAGAGAAAUGGGAAGGCUUAGCCAGGGAAGCCUCCAUGGAAGGCGGCUCCAUGGAUAUGAACCUUAAAGCUUUUGUGGAUGAUGUUGCUUGUUGGAAAUGAUUAAAUUGAUAAAAUAUAUAAAUAUUGAGGAAAAAAUUCAUUAUUAUUCCUUUUAAUACCUUUCAUCGUUCUGGAGCAGUUAUUAUUGUACCAUGAAACUUGAGUAGGUUUUGCCUUGUAGUCAACAUGCGAAUGACGAGCCACCACACAAGUUUAUGCGGAUGUGGUUUUCUUGGUUUAAUUCUUCUACUAGUCCCUAUACUUUAUGAAAGUUAUGGAGUUAGUCCCAAUACUUUAAUUUGAUCACUUUUAGUCCUGCACUUGUCAAAAUGUUCAAUUUUAGUCCCUAUACUUUUAGACUUUUGAAA